AUGGCUUACCAUUCCGAGUACCAGCACCCGUACGCAAACUACUCGUCCUCUGCUUAUCUUGACCACCAACACCCCUCGACGUCGCCCGCGUCCUCGCAUCCAACGCCCGUAUCCCCUCCGCUCCAGACUCACGAGCGGAUACCAGUUCCUCAGUCUCCCUCAUCGUUUAUUUACAACAGAAACAAUGCUCCGUACCCGUCGUCCUCAGCCGUCUACCCAAACGAAAAUCCUGCAUAUCACCACCACCAUCAUCCAUACCACCCGCAUCACCAUGCCGAGGGCCAGACGUCGGUCCUCUACCGUCAAAGCUCGAUGGACUCGCAUCGACACGCUUAUCCCUCCCCGCCAGCUCCUGUACACGAAUAUCACCACGAACAGCCUCAACAGCGUUCAAACUCGAGUGUGCACCAGGUCCAGGGCUAUUCGCCUCAACCGCAACAUCUGCCGUCCCCCGUGAGCUCGCAUCAGCAACAACAGCAGCCGACACACAUCAACCCGCACCCAUCAAGCUACUCACAGCGAGGACAGGAGAUGUAUGUGGCCUCGGACAGCCCAGCCACCCUCUCUGAAGCAGACGACCGACUGAUGCGCUACCACUUUCCUCUUGAUACCCAAGUACACCUCCGACGCGCCCUUUUUCACGUCCUGAAUGCAGGCUGGAAACGCGCCAACGAGCGCGAGCCGACGGAUGACAUCUUGCUCCAAUUUACAACCAGAAACGGCAAGCUCUACCAGUGUGCGUUUUGGAAAGCAGAUACACGCUGCGUCAAGGAAUUUGAUCGCAAGGACCGUGUGCUCGACCAUAUACGCACGCACAUUGACCUCCAGCCAUUCGUCUGCCGCGAAGCGGGCUGGUAA